UAUUAGUAGUAAUGGAGGAGGAAGAGGAAGCGGCGGCGUUUGUGAGGGAAGAGGUGGAGGACUGGGACGACGAGGUGAAGAGUCGAGCGCGAUUCAAAGCGCUGAGCGGGCAGAGGUCGGAUUGGGAGGCGCGCUAUUGUUUUUGGAGGGAUUUAAUCGUGAAGACAGCUCGACACCUCCGCAUCUUAGUCAUCCGCCCUUCCCGCCUCUCCGGCCUCUGGUUCCGCCGCCGCCCCGACGGCCUCUCCCCUUUGUGCCUUGAUCAAGUGCUCCUUGAAAUGCACCGCGCCGGAGACUUGCUGCUUCCUCGCGCUUCUUCCUCCUCUUCUCGCCUCCCUCACAUUUUCCGCAGGGCGCUCGAUUUUCUGCCCCUCGGCGAUCGCCGCCCUCUCGCUCUCACCGCCGACUGCUACAUUCUCGCACCGCUCUUGGAGGAACGAUCUGUAGAGGUCAUUACCAAAUUGUCGGAAAACUGUUGGACUAGUACGUGUGUUGUCACCAUGGACAAGUUUGGGGAAGUUUGUGUGGGCUCUGAGGAGGAACGGCUUGCCAUUUUGGAUUACUUGGUGACACGUGGAAGAGCUACACGCCUUGUCAUCAACAAACCUCAAGCUAUAGAGGGUGUCAAAUUGUGUAUUGCUCCUGGGGCAGCUUCUGCUGCCUCAACUACGGAUUACAGUUUACUACACUUAACUUGGACUGCCGAGAAGCUGGGGAAGCAGCUUCAUUUAAUUGACCAACGAUAUCAAAAAAGUAGGGAGUCUGCUAUAGCAUCUCUUAGAGAAGCAAACAAGAAACUUGCCCUGAGACAUACAAAAGAAAUGAAGCUGGCAUCUCAAAGUAGAGAGAGGUGCUCGGCACUGUUGGACCAGGUGGAGAAAGUUCUCCAGGCUAUUUCGGAUGCUGAGUCCUCCAAAAAGGUGGCGGAGGCCUUGCAGAGCAGCAAACGUGCUAUGCAGGAAAACCAAAUUAACAUUGAAGAAGUUGCACAGUGCCUGCUGGAACUUGAUGAGAACAUUGAUGCACUGAAACGACUUGAUAAUGCUCUAGAAGCAACUACAACAUAUGGUGAGAUAGAUGAUGAAGACAUUGAAGAAGAAUUUAAGACGCUGCAGCUGGAGCUAAACAGCACAAAGGCAGUUGCAGCAGAGGCAGAGAUAUCAGAAGAAACUGAAACGGAUGCUUUGAGCAAUGCGUUGUUGAAUCUUCGUCUCAAGAGUGAGGGAGCCAAGAAGGUGGAGGCAGAAUGUUGCACAGAUGAAAACAUGUCAAAUGAGAGAGGCCUUGAAGCGGCUUGAAUUUAUGUAAACGGAUAGGAUAGGUAAUCCAAGUGUUGGAUUUGAUGUAAAUGGGUUGAUACGAAAUGCGAAUGAGUUCAGUAGUCUUGUAAAAACGUACAUUUAAGUCAGAUCUACUCUUUCUAAACGUACAUUUUUAGGAAA